AUGUUGGACCUUAAUUUGACUAGUGAUGUUAGCGAAUCGAUCACCAAUUUAGGGGAAACGGUGUUGGAAAAGCAUCUAGAUAGCUCCGGGAGUCAGAUGGAGAAUGCCGGCAGUUAUAAUUCCUCUGCUGCCAACGUGGAUACAACCAGCAGUGCCGGUGACGGGGACUCUUGUGAUAACCAAUUCAUCGGUUUCGAUAUAUGGAAGGGGAAUGGUGAUUACGAAGAGAGUGGCGUUUCUGUGACGAAGGAGCUUUUCCCUGUGACCGCCGAAGGGACAGCGGUAGCACGGCAUUGUCACUGGUCCGACGUUUCAGGGAAUGGUGGAGUAGCGGCUCAAAGGACAAUAUCUCAGCCGAUUAAGAAGAGUCGUAGAGGACCGAGGUCUCGCAGCUCUCAAUACCGUGGAGUCACAUUUUAUCGCAGGACCGGUCGAUGGGAGUCUCACAUUUGGGAUUGUGGAAAACAAGUUUAUUUGGGAGGAUUUGACACUGCACAUGCUGCGGCUAAGGCAUAUGAUCGUGCUGCAAUUAAGUUUCGUGGACUUAAUGCUGAUAUCAAUUUCAAUGUCAGUGAUUAUGAAGAAGAACUUAGGCAGAUAAUGAAUUUGCCCAAGGAAGAGUUUGUGCACAUACUUCGUCGCCAGAGUACGGGCUUCUCUAGAGGAAGUUCAAAGUACAGAGGGGUUACAUUACACAAAUGUGGACGAUGGGAAGCUCGAUUGGGCCAGCUUCUUGGCAAGAAAUAUAUCUAUCUUGGAUUGUUUGACAGUGAAAUAGAAGCUGCAAGGGCGUAUGAUAAGGCUGCUAUAAAAUCCAAUGGAAAGGAAGCUGUCACCAAUUUUGAGCCUAACACAUACGAAGAGGGGAUAAACUGUGAAACUGAUAAUGGAGGCAGAAACCAUAAUUUGGAUCUUAACUUGGGCAUUGCUCCCCCUCAUCUUGCUGAUGGCCAGAAUAUGAACAUUGAUGCUAAAAGCUUGCAGAUCCACAGUGGCUCAGUGGGCCUGCCUGAAAAUGGAGCAUGGUACCCUGCUUCAGCCUCAGACGGAACUGUAUUACUGCAUGAUCAUAUAAAUGUCGGUGGAUCCCCUUUCGUCGGGAAUGGAUUGAAUUCCGGUUUUUAUCCCAUUUAUAAGGGAAAGGCAAUAGGGACGAGUAUGACAGUCAAUUCAUCUGCAAACUGGGCAUUGCCAAUGCAAAGCCACUUCAACGGGGUUCCUCCACAGAUACUCUUUUCUACUGCAGCAUCAUCAGGAUUCGCUAAUUCAACUGUCUCUACUUCCUUCGCUGCUGUUCAUCAACUGCAAACCUCGAAUGCAACAAAAUCCCCGCAUUGUUAUCUGCCUAAUCUCCGUGAUCCUCGGCUUUGCCUUAAAAUUAACUGUGUUCGAAAGAGAAAAGAGGUGCAGUGCAUCUGCAUUAUGAGGAAGCCCUAUGACCUGUCGCUGUUGUGCUUCUUGAAUUUGCUGGGCUGA